AUGUCCGCCAGUCCCUCGACCAGUACUAUCGCCUCCCUGCCCGCGAACCAUGAGAACCUUUUGAAACGAAAACGAGAACCCGAGCCCUUUGACUGGAGCUCGUGGACUUCCAGGAAACGGCCCACGCUGGAAGGCCGCUCGUCACCGAAUGAACUUCUUCACGCGACUAUCGACGAACUAAACGCGCAGACCUUCCCUUUCGGUCUCUUGUCACGCGCCGAUGACCUUCUCGCACACUGUCUACUGCAGAAUAAGGGGUCUUCUCUCGUGGGCGGACGUUCCCCUGUCGUCACGCCUUCUUGGCCCCUGCACGAUCGAACUUCUAUAGCUUCGCUGAAGGAGAGGAUAGCCGCUACCAACAUCAUACACAAACGAGAUGCUGCUCAGUCCACGCAGAGUAUUCAUGCCGUUGCGCAAGCUUUACUUGACAUACCCGCGUUCCAACUUAGAGAUGGCUGGAUUGAGUUGCGCCAGCUGUGGAUCAAGACCCUCAUACACUUGUUAAGACGCUAUGCUAUAUUCUUCACCCCAGGCGCACCCGUCCGCCCUGCUAUCAUCAGAACCCUAUCGCUCGGCACUGUACGACUGACGUACGGAUUGAAGUCCUGCCAGUUCAUCACUUCCCGCGCGUACCUAUUCAACACAUUUGGCUCCGUAUCAUCCAAUAUCGUCGAUCUCGAGGGCGUUUUGGCCGUUCGCCUCUACCCAGCACAGCGAGGCGCAAUCGGUGUACGCGCCGUAUCCGGCCCAUUGCGUCUGGUGACGCAUGACUGCAGACCCAACGCCGAGGUAUGCCCAGUACCAGACAGCCAUGCAUUCGUACUUCGCGCCCUCGUAGACAUUCCGGCGGGCGCCAUAAUCACCGUCAAUACCCGCGGGUUGCCAUUCUCCUCGGCGACGAACACGCUGCCCGCAUGCUGGUGUAGGACGUGUGCAGGUGUCGACCCUGAUGACCGGACGCUCACGCCAAAGCCUGUCUCACCGAGAUAA